CUUGUGUUUUAUAUAACGUUGGUUACCAUUGGCAUUGGCCAACCAGAAUAUAGAGGCGGCGGCGUAGCAUUAUUUCCAAUUUUCAUUCGGCUCAUGUUGGAUGGAGUUCGCUCGUAGUUUAGUACGCGUUUGACCCGCUAGCGACUGGCCGCGCUUCUUAACUCUGUAUGUGAUCGCACGGUAUGCGCGAACAAUACUUUAGCGAAGUUAGGUAUAACUGGAUUCUCCUACACAUUGGACGUUGAAUUAGUGUGCUGAGUGUGUGAUACGAAUGUUGCGAAUUUAUAAAUAAAAAGUGUAGUUCAGUGAAUGUAAGUUCGGAUAAUUUAAAAACACUUAUCGUUCUUGUUGUGAGAUCCAAGAUGCCUGAAUAACUGAUUCUACUAAUAAAACGAAAAGAAAAACCACGAAGAUGAAACAACUCGUCAAUAAAAACCUUAUUACGCUAAAAUGCGUACUCUUCUGUUUUCUUUCGGGCAUUGGGUGUAUCUUCCCGUUUCUACCACUGCACAUGCUGUCAGUGGGUCUAGACAAGGGAGAAGCCCGGUUGAUAUCAGCUGUCGCGCCAUGUAUAGCCUUGCUAGGUCCUGCCGUGUUGGGGCCUCUCAUUGAUAAACUGUCAGUUGGUAGAGGGUCAACUGGCGGCGGCACCAACCCGAGUGGCUCCGGGCGACUACUGCGAGUCAUCACAGCUGCCUGCCUCAUCCUCAGCGCUAUUUUCUACACACUCCUCCUUGCAGUACCUUAUACGGAACGACAUGAGGCUCGACGACCUGAAGUGCUCUUCAUGUGCGAUGAAGACAGUGCUUAUGUCAUGCAAGAAGUAUGUAAGGAGGACAUGCGCUGCAACCGGUGGUCUGGCGAAAAGUCAGGAGUGCUGGCUGUGACAGCGUGUGAAUAUGGGUGUGCGGACGAGAACAUGACAUGGGUGAAGCAGCCCUUCACGACUACAUCUACCACCACCACACUCAGCCCAAUGUACCUCAAUGUUGCCAACGCUACGACUUCGGCGCCAGAGGUCACCGAAGACGACGAAGUAAGGCAUGCGAUGCCGUUCGAAGUGAACCCUCCCCACUUCUGCUACAAUGGCCAGUGUCUGGUCUACAUGCAGCAUCAGGCGAGGCUUCGCGUGCCUUUAUCUUUAAUAGCACCAGAAUUACCUGAAGACAACAGCACAUCAGACUCGGACUGGUGCACUUAUCGAACAGCGGGACCUUCAAAAUGCCAAGUUCCUCCAAACCGUCUGGCAGAAGUCUCAGAUGACGAGGACUGCAGGCCGGCGGUACGGUGCCAAGUCCUCGAUCCCUACGAUGAACCUGAUGGUGUUUUAGCGGACGCUGAAUGUCGACUCGUCAUUGGAGAUCCGAGUUAUACGUUUUGGACUUACUUAAUUAUAAGAAUUUUAUCGGACAUCUGGCCAACAGCAGCGUUAGCUCUUCUUGGCACUGCAUGUGUGAUCGCGACCAGAGAAACGUCAUUAGGACGAGGCGACGUCGGUCGACAAUUAGCCUUCGGCACACUUGGGCUGGCCAUCUUCCCUCCACUGGCUGGAUUGGCCGCUGAGCAAAUGCCCGAUACACCAUUCCUUAUCCCAUUUGUUCUUCACGCUGUAUUCAUGGGCAUCGGAGCGCUCAUUCUACUAUUCGAUAGUCAUAUGCCUUUGUCUACCCCGGAGUGGUGGUGGCACACUGCCACUGGCGUGCUGGCGAUGCCAAUGAACACGGUGCGACGGUACGGGGCUGAAACAGCUGCUGUUUUCGCUGUAGUGGCGCUACUAGGCACCUUAUGGAGCGGCAUCGACGCUUACUUGCCUUGGACGGUCCAGGAGCUGAAUGGCACGGUAACAGAAAUGGGUUUGACGCUAACAGCGGGAGCACUACCCGCCGUGCCUGCCCUCUGGUGGGCCGAAGCUCUUGUGGACUACAUUGGUCAUUCCAAUGUUUUCAUCAUGGCAUUUACUUUUUACGGCAUAAGAUACACUGGUUUGGCAUACAGCACGGACUACACAUGGGUGGUAGUGUGCGAGAUAUUGGAAGUAUUCACGCUUAGUUUAGUGUGGGUGACCGCCGUGUUGUAUUUCCGUCACCUGGUGCCGCGAAAAUACACAGCUACCGGACAAGCUCUGCCGGUUAUUGCUCAUUUUUGUAUUGGUCGGUGCAUAGGUGCCAUAAUCGGAGGCAUGGUGUCCUUACAACAGCCGUUGCAGGCGGUUCGCAUGGUGUACCGAUCCAUGGGAGUAGUGGCGCUGCUGGUAGCGGCUGUCUACCUGGGGCUGUACCACCUGCUGCUGGCGCCGCGCUGUGCCGCGCCCGCUGUAUCGCCACCACACCAUCUCCUUCAAGGUCUAAAUAAUACGAAUGGAACUACUAACGGCACAUACUCUCCAAUGCGGGUGUACCACGAAGAACGUUCAAGAAAAGGCCACUUCCGUUAUUGAGGAUCAUUAGUUGUAAAACACGUAACAAAGAAUGACAAAAACUGUCAGUAAAAAAAAUUAAGCAAAUCUGUUUUAUUAUUCAAAAAUGGAAUAAACACCUAUGUAAAUUGCAGUUUUUAUGAUAACACCAAAACUUAAAAUUUUUGAACAUAGUACAUAAUGCCUAUGUUUAUCUGAAGGACAAAAACGAAUUUUUUAUGUUAUUGUAUAAUAUUAACAUCAAUGCAAAUUGUUUUAUUUUAUAAGUGUUUUGUAAUUCCUGUACCUAGCAUAAUGUAAGUGUGUCUAUCAUAAUAAUAAAUUAAUAAUGCAGUGUGUAUUGUGCCUAUGUAUUAAAUUUAAGUAUCAAGUCUUUUUUCGUCCCAUAUAAUAAUGUCUAAGCUUUAAACGCCAACAACGUGAAAACAGAGAGAUUGCAUGGUGCUUGUGUGAAUGAAAUUCAAGCUUGUGUGAGAAACAGGAAAUUAGUAAUAGGCCUUUGCAUCCACAUAGAAUAGGUAUUGAUUGAGAAAGUGUAACGAAAUAUUUCCAAUAAUUGGCUCUAAAUUUUUAGAGUUAUGCCGUGGAUUGCAGCUAAAUUCUUAUAAAAAAUUGGUUUGUACUUGAAACGAGUACUAGUUGAGUUGCAUUUCAUAAUAUAGAAUUUAUGCAAUCACGAAUUUUAUACAAACAUAAUAAUUGUGAUAUUAAAAUGCUUUUGUUUCAACAUGUUUCCAAUAUUACUGUCAUCAUUUAUUUAUACUUUGUAUCCAAACAAACGGAUUACAUAUUUGCAUUCAUAUUUUUUAUAAUAAAAGCUAAGUUUUUAUUAAUAAAAUGAUGUCACUGUCUCGAUUUUUUAUUUCACUUAAACAUUUGCACUAUUUAUUUUGUACGAAGGGUUUUAUUGUCACCAUGGUUAAAAAUAAUAAGAAUAAGAUUUAGAAAAUUUUAAAAUGUAAAUAACAUAAUUAAGGGCAACAUAAUAAAAAAAAACCUCUUAUGUGAAAUACAGUGGCGUUGUAUUUCUGAUAUAAACAAUUUACUUAUACUGACAGACACAUCAGAUCAGAAGGCCUAUCGACUAUCACAAUAACAUUACAUUAGCAAAAAAAACAAAAGACUCUAAAUUUCUAAAUGGCUUAACAUCCAUCGAUACUUUUUUCUGAGCCAGAUUUGUAUUUACAUCACAUUUUUAGUAUUAGAAAACAAGCGAGGAAUUUAUAACUAAAUCCUAUAAGUAUAAUGUUAUACUAUACAGCAGUUAAAAUGUCAGUAAACUUA